AUGCAACGUAAGCAUCGUCGCAUUCUGUACCCUGUUUACUGCAAUAGAAAAGCUGUCAGACCCGUGUUGCAAGAGGCGGGUCAUUAUGCACCGGCGUCAACAUCCACUGACUGGUCUUUUGCGUCCUUGAUUUCCACGACAAUCGGGAGCUAUAAAGAACAGCAACUGGCAUCAGGCUUUUGCGGAGAGGUCACGUCACAGGCCACGCCCAUAAUCCAGGGUCAGACGUCAGAACAUGUCACGUUCUUGCUGUGUGUCGAUAUCUCCUUUCUUCGGUUUUGGCUCGAGCUGGGUCAGAUAAGGUCACAGAACCAGUUCAGAUUUCACCGGUAUCUUAGGACACCCCCGACCGCCCGUCCUCCCGCAGACGGCGUCCUGGACUUCAGCUGCAGCGAGGCGGAGGACUCGCUUUCGCUGAGCAACUGCAGCCGCAGCGGCGCCGGCGGCCUCUUCCAGAGCUCCCUGCUUCACUCGCAGCUGCCGCAGGAAUCGUCCACCAAGGUAGUGUUCGUCGCCAUAGGGAGGAUGGACCGGCCGCAGCUGGUCAGAGAGAUGAUGAUCAUCGAGCCCAGCAAGACAGAGUUCACGUCCAGACACAGCUUAGAGUGGAAGUUCCUGUUCCUCGACCACAGAGCGCCUACAAUCAUUGGCUAUCUACCUUUUGAAGUGUUAGGGACUUCAGGGUAUGACUACUACCAUGUGGAAGACCUAGAGAAGGUGGCGUCAUGUCACGAGCAAUUGAUGAAGACAGGCAAGGGGACGUCGUGUUACUAUCGGUUCCUGACAAAGGGACAGCAGUGGAUUUGGCUACAGACGCAGUAUUACAUAACGUAUCACCAGUGGAAUUCAAAGCCUGAGUUUAUUGUCUGCACGAACACAGUUGUAAGUUAUAGUGAUGUCAAGGCUGAGUUAAUUAAAGAGGAGACAUCUAAAAGAAGUCCUUCUGAGCUGGAGAUCCACCCAACUGAGGACAGCGGAGGACUGGCCACUGCUGGGCCUUCUGGUGCGGGGCCCUCAGGAGUAGGGCUAGUGGUGGGGGGGGCUGCUGCUGCUGCUGCUACUGCCACUGCCACUGCCGUUACAGUUUCAGGCCUUCAGGAGCAGCAGCAGAGUUUAUCCGAAGAUGAAGCUAGUCUACAGCCGGCUACGACUCCGCAGCCAGGGCCCUCGCACUUGCACCCACAGAAUCUUCAGCAUCAGCAGCAACAUGUACAGCAGCAAACUCUUCCUUCACAGCAGCAGCAACAACAAACCCUCCAACAGCAAACUCUUCCUUCACAGCAGCAACAACAGCAAACCCUCCAGCAGCAAAUAACACAGCAGCAACAACAAUCACAACAACAACAGCAGCAACAACAACAACAACAACAACAACAACAACAACAACAAACAACAACAACAACAACAACACACAGCAGCAGCAGCAGCAGCAGGCAGCAGCAGCAGCAGCAGCAGCAGCAGCAGCAACAGCAACAACAAGUCCAGCAUCGCAUAGCCAUCCAAACUCAAGCCGUGCCCUUGCAGCGGCCCCCACAGUCACCCCUUCCCUCAGCAUCCCAAGCACCCCACCCACAGCAGAUAGUUCCCCUGCAGCAGGAGGGUACUGUCGUAAGACUUCAAGAGACAGGGAGCAUCGCACAACCCAUGGGACCUGCCUCACCUAGCAGUCAGAACUCUUCAUACACACCAACGCAGAUGCAACAGCAGCACCUGCCUGCGAGAGGGGAACCCCCACCCUGGCCUGCGAAAACUAGAUCAGUUUCCGGGAACGGAGGACUAGAGACAAAUCUACCCAUGAAGAUUAAGUGUACAUCUAAGAGCUGGGCUCAUUAUAGCAGAUCGAGUUUAAGAAAAGAUUCUAGUCAGUAUAGUGGUGAAGGAGGGUCAAGUAGUAAAAGAGCAAGGAUACAACAGACGUUACAACAGCAACAACAACAACAGCAACAGCAACAGCAACAGCAACAGCAGCAACAACAACAACAGCAGCAACAGCAGCAACAGCAACAGCAGCAGCAGCAGCAGCAAGAACAACAAUCAAUGAUAGAUGAGUUAGCACCUUCUCCAUGCUCAGACAUAUCAGGCACUUCACAUACCUCGAGGGUGUCACAUGGCUCCAUGCAACAGGAAACCAACUUACAUUUUGCAUCUAAGUCCAACAAUAAAGAAAGGUACUACCGCAAGAUAGAGCUGCCUCCUGAACUGUCGCGGUCACUGUCUUCCUCACGCCUUUCGGGCUCCUACGAAGAGGAGAAAAAGGAAGACCAGUUCAUGCAGAUGAUGGUUGCGUCUCCCACCGGCAGUGCCAGUUCUCACAACUCAGGGUCAACUUCAGGAGUGCGAGGGGGCAGAGGGUCCACAAGCAGCAUUAUGGGGGCAGGAUCAGCCUCGAGUAGUCGGCAGCCGUUGCAGCAACAGCAACAGCAGCAACAGCAACCACAGCAGCCUCAGCAGCAGCAAGGUGGAGGUUACAGUAACAUAGAUCUGCAGUACCUGAGCAAUAGUGGUGUGACCCAAAAUCCAGCAACGCCAGCAGUCAGUGGAACUGCAACUCAGGUAGUCCAGGUGGCGACUGUACCCUUCUCUCCCGUCAUUCCCAUCAACCCCAUGGUAACCAACCUCUCCGUCCAGCUGCCUUCUGCGCCAACCACUGAGGGUCUUCGCCAGUCAUUGAUAUUAAGUCCUGAUCAGAGACAACUCCAGGAACAGCUCCGAAGAAAACAUGCAGAGCUUCAGCAACAGAUUUUGAGACAGCAAGAGGAACUGCGGCAAGUUAAUGACCAACUCAUAAUGGCACAAUAUGGCAUGAGCUUACAAAAUAUAUAUAAGGGUGGAGUGCAGUAUACCCCAGCGAACUCAGUGGGCAACAAUGGAAGUUUCCAGAGCAGUGUGGCCGUGGGCUCAGGCGUGGGCAGUGUGAUAGGCAUGGGGACGGGUAGUCUUCCAGUGUCCACGGCAUUGCAUCCUGGUGGCACUGUAACUCUGGCGACAGGCACUUUAGCAGGGACUUUAGCCACCCAGUCAUUUGUGACCAUGAGUACGCCCUCCUCUUUACAAUCACCUACAAAUACUGUUUCCACAAUUAACCCUGCACAAGUGAGUGUGCAGGGCAUUGGUACAGGGAUGGCGGUGCCCUACCAGUUGUCCCAACAACAGGCUCAAAUGCUGUUUGCUCAACCUGGUGGUACUGGCCAGCCUCACCAACAAUCACCACAGCACCAACCCAAGAAGUGAAAACACGGUGAUUUUUGCUCACCGCCAGACUCACAGCGGAGCCAGUCCCGAGAGGCAGAGGCUAAGGCUCUCCUGCCGGGUGUUGUGAUGUCUGCACCUCACUUCUCUCUGUCCUUCUGCCACCAAGUGACACCAGCCUGAAGACGAGGGGAUCAAGGCCUGCCAAGGCCCUGAGUCAACACUGGCUGCCAAAGGGCUUCCUGCUCCCAGCGACUCGUCUCUUCCCCUGUUCACACGCGAUCUACCAAAGAGUGCAUGAAUGGUUGCCCUUGUUUAGGAGGAAGAAGAGAGGAAAGGAAAGACAGAAACCUUUGCCUAAUAAGCCUAAAUUUUGAAUGUAUGGAAGCCCUGAAAUGCUUCCUCUAGACAAACAGACAGAAAUAGGGACAUUGUUCAAUUCAGUCAGUUACAAUUGUGAAUUUAAUCUUUGAGAAAUGGUCUCCAUUUUUGACAAUCAUUAUGAAUUCAAUUUUUAUUCGUUUUGAUAUAUGGUAUUAUAGUCAAGAAAACUAUCACACAGGCUUUAAGGAGAAAGAGAAUAGGGAUGAUAAUUAUGUGAAGUAUUUAUGAUAUUUCUCCUGAAAGUUUGUAAUAUGGAAAAACUUGAUUAAAAAUAUUCAUAUCACAGUAAAAAAUCUCUAAAAGUAAGAAUCUUUUCCUAUUGAUCAAUUCUUCCUUUCUUACAUCCAAGUAUUUCACUUGUUUCUUAGAAUGAAUUAGGAGUGAAGUAUCCUUACAAAUUUCUAAUUUUCUAAAAAAAAAUUAUAAACCUUUUUUAUUGAUACAUUGAAAGGUACCUGCUAGUGUAUUAUCUCAUGUAAAUAUACAUAUUUAUUCUUGAGAUAUAAGUAAUGUGUACAUGAUACCUGUAACUGAUUUUCAUGUCUUCACCUCUUUUCCUCUUUUGUAAAUGUUAUUUCCUGCCUUCUCCUGUAACUGACUGAUUGACUGAUGUAUUUAAUGAGGGAUGUCUUCUUUUUCUCUUUAUAUACACUAAUGAAAAAAGUAUUGCAAUGUAUAGUAAAUGGAUAGAUUGUUAUCAUCAUAGACCUUUAAAAAAUUAUGAACUACGAUCUCAACAUCUAGCUAUAGAAAAGAAGAAGAAAAGAAACUUAUAUAAGGCACAGUGACUGAACCAGACAUCAUAGUGAUCCGAAUACACAACAUUGGUUUUAAAGUUCAAGAAAAUAUUAUGCGACAAGUGCCGAGGUUUGUUAAUAGACGUGCGUGUGAUACAAGGGGGUGGGGGUUGUCACGGAGGGACUGGAGUCUCACGGGAAAUGUGUUCCCUUGUGCCACAUUACUUGCUCAGUUUUAUAAUCACAAUCAAAACUCAUGAAACUUAGCCAAAUAAGGAUGCAAAAACAAUCUUAGUGCUGAGCUUACCUAUUGAUAGUAUAACUGUGUAUCCUUAAUAACAUGCAAAUUGUAAAUACAGAAGAGGACGAAUUUAUGUACAAGUGUAAAGAUAAUUAUAUAUAUAUAUUUUUGUCAUGCCUUAUAAGGUAUUGUUUUGAGAUGUGAUAGAUGUAUUAUGACUAUUGGUAUAUAUGAUAUAGGAGCAGUUGGAAAAAACGCUGCCAGUUUUUAUGAACAUAGUAUCUAUGUUCGUAUGCCAGCCAGGAAGUUACAUUGGCUUGAGCAGUAUAUGAACACAUGGACAAUAGAAAUUAUUUAUUUGAUAAGAGGGUACGCAGCUUAUCGUAUGUGAGUUUCAAAGAGAAAUAUUGUACAAGGCUAUAGAGUCUGUCCCACCCUCUCAUCCCACAGGAAAAUGAAAAUGAAAUGGACCUUAUUCUGUCUUUGGUGUGCAGCUAUGAGUUCUUGAAUUUAUUUAGUCUUUAUUUGUUAUUAUUGUUCUUUACAAAUAAAUUAUUGGGUUUAUAAUUUCUAUGCAUGGGGACAGUAACAUUUGCUGAAGUUCUGUGUUAUGAGCUUUGUUAUAUUUUAUUUGUUUCUGGCAUUUUUAUGAGUUUAAUGUAGCUGCUUAUCUUAAUUUUUUUCUUUUAUUAUUUUUGCUUAUUAUUACUACUUCUAUUACAGCUAUAGCAUCAUCACAACCAUCAUUGUUAUUAUUGUAUUAUUA